AUGUCAUCAUUUGAUUUAGAAAGUAAUACUAGCGAAAGUGGCACAAUUGGCAGAAAUGCUUCCAUUAGGUUAAGUGCCAAUAUGAUGAUGUCAUCAGAUGCUAGUGGAUUAGGAUCAUCAAGUGGUGAUAUUUUAAUGGAUUUAGAUAAAGAAUUUGAAAUGUUAUUAGACAAAUUAGCAAUAGAAGAUCCAGAAAAAAGAAGACAAAUGUCAAUGUUACCAGAUUCAUCCAAAAAGACAUUAAUAGAACAACAUAAAGCCGAUAUCUAUAGAACCAUCAGACACAAAGGUCCAAUCGAAUCCUUCUCUGAUGUCAAAGCAGUUAUUGGCUCAAUCAACACAAAAUCAAUUUCAAUUGAAGUAAUUAAAACCUUACGUAUUCAUUUAAAUACUGCAGAUCGUGACUGGAUUCAAAGUUUUUUAGAUUUAGAUGGUGUACAACCAAUAUUAAAUAUUUUAAAAAAAAUUGAAAGAGGUAAAAGUAAAAAGAGAAAAGAAUUAUCAAUUUUACAAUGGGAAUGUUUAAGAUGUAUUGCAGCAUUAAUGAAAAUUAAAAUUGGUAUGGAAUAUGUUGCAUCAUUUCCACAAGCUACCAAUCUUAUGGUUUUAGGUUUAGAUACACCAUUAAUUAAAGCCAGAACUUUAAUUUUAGAAUUAUUAGCUGCCAUUGCAGUCACUAAUAGAGGUCAUGGUGCAGUAUUAACAAGUAUGAUUUAUUAUAAAGAAGUUAAAAAAGAAGAAAGAAGAUAUCACGAUUUAGUUCAAACUUUAAAAUCUGAAAAUAAUUUAGAAUAUUUAAUUACCUGUAUGUCAUUUAUCAAUUGUAUCAUCUCAUCACCAAGUGAUUUAACCUCACGUAUAGAAAUUAGAAAAGCAUUUUUAAAUUUAAAAAUUUUAAAAUAUAUUGAAAAUUUAAGAACAGAAUAUAAUGAUGAAAAAAAUUUAUUAACACAAUUGGAUGUUUUUGAAGAAGAAUUAUCAACUGAUGAACAAUUAAAUUCAACACAAGGUAAUCAAUUAAGUAUGGAAGAUAUAUUUUCACAAAUUUCAUCAAGAGUAACUGGUACACCAUCACAACAAGAAUUAAUAAAUCUUAUGGGUCAUUUCCAACGUAUGUCAUCCUCAAGCUUAGGUCUUCGUGUUUGGAAUUUAUAUAAUAAUUUAGCUUCACAAUUAGAAGAGGAAUUACGAGCCCAUCCAGAAUUAGAUAUUAAUAGUUUAUCAUUAGCAUUUCCUGAAGUUAAAAAAUCUGGUGGUCUCUUUGGUUUUGCCAAAUCUAAAUCACCCUCAUCAUCUCCACAUUUAUCAUCUCAUUCAAAAAAUGUAAAUUUAAAAAAAGAAAUUGAAGAAAAACAAAAAACAAUUGAACAUUUAUUAAAACAAUUAAAUUCUUUUACUGGUGGUCAAAAUAUUGAAAAAUGGAUAGCAGAAAGAGAAGAAAAAAAUAAAUUAAUUGCUCAAUUAAUGGCACAAAUAAAAAGUGGUAUUGGUGGUGGUACAGGUACAGGCACAGGUACAGGUAAUGGUACAGGUAAUAGUGAAAUUGAGGAAACAUUAAGAAAAGAAAUUCAAUUAUUAAGAAUCGAAAUUGAAACAUUAAAAAAUAAUCCAUCAUUAUUUUUAGGUAGUCCAAAUUCAAAUGGAGAAUUUUAUUUAUCAUCACCAAACAGUGGUUUAUCUCCAUCUUCAAAUCUUUCACCAAGUCCAUCUGGUGAACCACCAGUUGUUGGUGAACUUUCAUCAAUGAAUACAGAUAAUAGUGGUAUUUCAAUCAAUGUUCCUGACUUUGGUAUUCCACCACCUCCACCACCUCCAGGUGUACCAGGUGCUCCUCCACCCCCACCACCUCCAGGUGUACCAGGUGCUCCUCCACCACCCCCACCACCAGGUAUGAAAUCAAAUAAACCAGCCAAACCAAUUAUUAAACCAUCAGUAAAAAUGAGAAACUUCAAUUGGGUUACCAUUCCCGGUGUUAAAGUUCAAGGUACAUUUUGGGAUAAAUUGGAUGAAACUGCAUUUAUACAAGCAUUAGAUAAAAAUGAAUUAGAGAGUUUAUUUAGUGCAAAAGCUCCAGUCAAAACUGAAACCAAAGUACUCACCAAAAAAGUGGUUAUCACUGUUAUCGAUGGAAAGAAAGCAAAUAAUUGUGCAAUUAUGUUACAACAUUUCAAACUAUCAAAUACUGAAUUAAAGAAAAUGCAAAUCAAUAUGGAUGAAAAAGUACUCCCACUCGAAAGUGCAAACUAUCUCCUUCAAUUUGUACCAUCCAAAGAAGAUAUUGAAGCCAUUAAAGAGUAUGGUGGUGACCCAUCAUCAUUAGGUCCAGCCGAACAAUACAUGUUAACUGUUAUGGAUAUACCAAAAUUAGAGAUUCGUCUUCGUUCACACAUUUUCCGUUUAAAGUAUCAAUCAUUGGUCGAAGAUUUGGUACCAGAUAUUAAAGCCAUCAAGAAUGCCUCUUUGGAAUUGAAAAACAGUAAAAAAUUCCACGAAAUUCUCAAAUUUAUUUUGGCUAUUGGUAACUAUGUCAAUGGUAGCACUACUCGUGGUGGUGCAUUUGGUUUCAAAAUUGAAACUCUCACUAAAAUGAGAGAUGCCAAAAGCAAUGAUAAUAAACUUUCAUUACUUCAUUUCCUCUCAAAAACCAUUCAAGAUCGUUCACCAGAACUUUGGAGUGCACUCAGUGAAUUGGUACAUUUAGAACAUGCCUCUGAAAGUAGUCUCAACAAUAUUGUAACCGAUAGUAGUGAAAUUAAGAGAUCACUAGACCUCAUCGAAAGAGAAUAUGUUCCAUUUGUAAAUGACCCACUUUUCGCCAACGAUAAAGCUUUCCUCAAUAAAAUUGUAGAGUUCCAAAAAUCUGUUAAACCUCAAUAUCAAAAAAUUGAAAAAGAUAUCGAUGAAAUGAACAAAGCCUAUGAAGAAGUUGUAACUUAUUUCGGUGAACCAAAAGCUACACCACCAGAUCAAUUCUUUACCAUCAUCAGUGAUUUCCUUGAAGAUUUAGAAAAGGCACAUCGUGAAUAUCAAGCAAUGCUUAGAAAAGCCGAAUUAGAAUCUCUUAAAAUGGAAGAUCCAGAAAAAGGUGGUCUUGAAGAUUUAUCAUCACAAAUUAGAUCAGGUCAAUUAUUUAAAGAAAGAAGAAAAUCAAUUACCCAAUCAGUUUUACAACAAAUGAAUGCUGAAGGUUUAAAAAAACAAUUAAAACCAACUAUAACAAAUAAACCUCAACCACAACCACAACAAAAUAAAAUUGAACCACCUUCACAAUCAUUAUUAAAACCAACUAAAUCGAAUAAAUAA